AUGAAGGGCCGGAGCACUACCAAAAUAUCUGGGAAAUGGAUUUUAUUUCUCUGUUUAUUUUGCUUCGCUCUUGGAAUUCUCUUCUCUAACAGAUUAUGGGAUUCCUCAGCUGAACCCAACGGUCAGCAGCUCCUAUCGCAGCGUCGACAUGAACAAGAAUUGCAGGUCAUCAAUGACGAUUCCCAAACUAAUAAGCUUUCACAUAAUAAAGAUGUAAUGGGCGAAGUGUUGAAAACCCAUGAAGCAAUUCAAUCAUUAGAUAAGUCAGUUGCUAUGCUUCAAAUGCAAUUAGCAGCAUCUAGGAGUUCUCAAGAGAGGAGCUUGGAUAGCUCUGCUGCCGUAUCAACCUUGUCUCGCGACGGAUCACCAAGGCAGAAAAUGUUCAUGGUUAUUGGGAUUAAUACUGCUUUUAGUAGUAGAAAGAGACGUGAUUCGGUUAGAGAGACUUGGAUGCCUCAAGGGGAGAAGCUUGUACAAUUGGAGCGCGAGAAGGGUAUUAUUGUCCGGUUCAUGAUUGGCCAUAGUGCAACAUCCAACAGCAUUUUAGACAGAGCCAUUGAUUCAGAAGAUGCUCAGCAUAAGGAUUUCUUUAGGCUGGAGCAUGUUGAAGGAUACCAUGAAUUGUCUGCAAAAACAAAAAUUUUCUUUUCCACAGCAGUUGCGAAGUGGGAUGCAGAGUUUUAUGUCAAGGUGGAUGAUGAUGUUCAUGUUAAUCUGGGUAUGCUAGCUGCUACACUUGCUCGCCAUCGAUCAAAGCCCAGGGUGUACAUUGGAUGUAUGAAAUCUGGACCUGUUCUUUCCCAAAAGAAUGUCAAGUAUCAUGAAGCAGAGUAUUGGAAAUUUGGAGAAGAAGGGAACAAAUACUUCCGACAUGCAACUGGGCAGAUAUAUGCUAUCUCAAAAGAACUCGCCACUUAUAUCUCCAUUAACCAGCCCAUAUUGCAUAAGUAUGCUAAUGAAGACGUGUCUCUUGGUUCAUGGUUUAUUGGUCUUGACGUUGAGCACAUUGAUGAUCGUAACAUGUGCUGUGGGACGCCACCAGACUGUGAGUGGAAGACACAGGCGGGCAACGUGUGCAUUGCAUCUUUUGAUUGGAGCUGCAGUGGAAUUUGCAAAUCGGUGGAGAGGAUCAAAUUUGUUCAUGAAAAAUGCGGUGAAGGAGAUGGAUCUGUCUGGAGUGCUCUCUUUUAA